AUGGGUUCCCAGCCCAUGGUCACAGGACCCAUCCGACUUCGGUGGCUCAACUCUCCCCGAAAGCAGCAACGAAACCAUGCCGCGUCUCCUGUGCAUAUUCGCGAUGGCCCAGAAGCUGUGGAAGCGCUCAUGAACAACUGGUUUGGCCAAGUAUGCCCGGCCUGGUCGGCAUUCGACUCGCCCCUAAAUCUGAAUCGGAAAAUUGCCCUGGAGAUGAUGCACAGCUCAGCAGCCGUGUUCAACGCGCUGCAAAGCAUGUCUGCCAGCUUUCUCUCUCCGAGACUGCCGCAACUAGAGAAGCCCGCGCUUCAAAUGCUUAAAAAGGCGGCGCUAUCGAUCACGGAGGAGGCAAACAAUCUGCGAACAAAGGACAUUCUAGAUUCUGUACCAACCGGCCUGCUGUUCUCACUUUUCUGCCUGGGCACAUCGGUAUGCUGGUUGGAAGCCGGGCGACUGGGUCUGCCAUUCCUGAAAGAGGCUAAAGGCCUGCUCUCUCGCGUCUCUAGCCGGGCUAUUCUGGCAUCAGAUGACCAAAUCGAGACGUUGGCGUUUUUUAGAAAGAGCCUUGUGUACUGGGAAAUGUUGCUGUCGUUCGUGGACGAUUACGAGCCUAGGCAAGAGGACCCCGUCCGUCAGCUUGGUCCUUGUCGCGACACGCCGGGCACAACAACUGAUCAAUUCCUUCAUCCAUGGACAGGCAUCUCAACUCUAAUGUCUCAUCUUUUUACUCUUUCUAUCCGGCUGUGCCGAUCGCAUCGACGUCGGGUGUCAAGGCCGAAGGGGACCGAGAUAGCCAUUGAGGCUGCCAUGGAGGAGGCUCAGGAGGCACAGAAUCUAGAACAGCGACUACUCGAUACGGACUUUUCUGCAGUUUUACCUACGAAUAGCACGGGCGACGAGAAGACCCCCUGGAUGCAUCUUGCAUACGUGGCAGAGGCUUACCAGCUGGCCUCUCUGCUACAGCUCUACUUAACAUUUCCUCAUCUAGUGACCCUUCGCCUGCAGCUUGACCCGGAUAUUGAGGCCAACAGCAAAAUUCCUUGCGACAAAUGGACGAUACCAGUGGCGCUGCGCCUUACAAAGCUCCUGGAACAGAUACCGCCGGAGUCUGGCAGCCGUGUGAUACAGCCGCUGCUGUACAUUUGCGCGAGCACGGGGCUGUGUUUUAACGUGUCUCCCUUGUCGCCAAACAGCUCAACAUGUCAGACCGAAGCAAACGUGACUUGCGAUACAUUGCCCAUAACCUUGGGUGUGCAGGGUAUCUUGGACUACAUCGGCCAGAUGCAGGUGGCGGAAGGGGGCGACACUAUGUCCCAGAUGGCCGUGGAAAUCGGUACGGCCCGCAACUUCAUUUUGCGGCGGCUCGACACUCUGGAAUGCACUCUGCAACCGAGGCCUAUUGCCGUCGCAAAAUUGCUUGUUAAAGCGAUCUGGGCUGCGUACGAUGACGAGCAGGAAGGGUGCGGAUCGCGACAUUGGUUGGAUAUCAUGGAAGCACACAGUCUACGAUCUCUGUUUGGAUAG